AUGGCAAACAACGACGCCCCACAAGACGACGCCGAGGUUUUUCACGAUACCGUUACUCACGGUGUUGACGCAGUUAUCAACCGUGUAGCUGUGAAAAUACCGCCGUUUUGGCCCGAACACCCAGAAUUAUGGCUAUCGCAGAUCGAAGCCCAAUUCGUUCUGGCGGGAAUAACCUCGGACGAAACGAAAUUUAACACAAUCCUAGCGUCAAUCGAAGCACCGGUGUUGGCCCGAAUUGCCGACGCCAUCGUCAACCAACCACGCACAGGCAAGUACGAAAAUUUGAAAUCGUGCAUCCUGGAACGCUUCUGCGAAAGCGAACAAAAGAAAAUCCAGAAGUUAAUAUCGGAGACCGACCUUGGUGACAAGCGCCCCACGCAACUGCUCAACGAGUUAAACGCACUAGCCGCAAACAAAGUUCAAGAAUCUUUCUGA